UAGCAAAGAUGGAGAGGAGAUGGCUGUGAGUAGAAAAAGGAUUCUUGAAGAAGGAACCAUAACAAAUAGAGCCUCAAAGUUACUCUUCUCUGAACCCUCUUCUGAAGUUGAGAUAAUCGAAAUGGAAGUCAGAACUUCUGAGUUUUCUAAUGAUUGUUUCCUAGAAAUCGGAUGCAGUGACAGGGAGAAAUCUUCAGAGUCAGUCCUAGUUCCUCCUUCAGAUGAUCAGCGUGCUAAUAAGGUUAAAGAAGCUAGAAUUCAUGUAGAUGCUACUCAAAGUAAAGCUGUUUUCAGUAAACCUGGGCUUCUUCUUGGAAAACAUGAUCCAAAUGUGGAGUUUUCUCCAAGAGGAAUCACUCCCCCAAUGUCCGCGAAUCAAGGUAUUAAUAAAGAGAAAAUAUACAAACAAAUGGAACUUCCUUCAAGAGCAAAUAGAGAGGAGAGCAAAGAAGGCUCUGAGCUUAACAUUCAAAAUAAACAAGCUAUUGAAAUGCUGCCUUCUCAGAACCAUUUGUCUAAGGAAAUUUCGGAUGAAAUAAUGCUAACUGAUCGUGAUCAAGCCUCUCAAAAUAUCAGUAAAGACCAACAAUCAACUUCUCCUAAAAAUGGUUUGAUUCACAGCUGGGGAAAGCCAAAUGUGGUCAAGCAUAAUAGAAAGUCAAGUCAACACUGUAAGAGAUCUAGUUCAUCGAGAAUAAAAGAAAACCAACCCAAUCGGAAGACAAGUCAUCCGAUCAAGGAGUCUACUCGUUUUAGCAAAAAGUCCAAUGAAUCUAGCAGGAUUAUAAACCAAAAUCAGUCACAAGACUGAAAAGAUUUCAACGAAGACACAUUCAACGACAAAAAUCAACAAAAUACAAGCCCAAAAGAGCAGAAAAUGGUAAUGCAUCAUCAGGAUCCAGAGAAUUUUCAAGAGCGUCAGACCCCAAAGAAGAACACUAUGUUUAAGUCCAAUGGAGAGUCAGAGAUAGACCUCAGAUAUAUGACUAAUCCUCAUUUAUCGCAACAGAAUAACUCCAGCAUGGAGCUUGUCAAUGAUACUUGAAAUUUCCAGUCAAGACAAAUGUACAAGACACAGCCAACGUAUAUGGAAGACAUCCAAUCGGACCACAUGUUGAUAUCCCAGCUGAGUGAGGCCCAUCAGACUAUCUCUGAGCAAGACUCACUCAUAAUGACUUUAAGAAUUGAUAACAAGAAGCUUAAGGACCUUCUCUCACAAAAAGAUGAGAAAUUAAAAUCAGUUCAGAGCAUGAAGAUGAGUGAAGCUAAUGAGAUGAACAAGUUCUAUCUAGAUAGGCUUAAAGCUGAUCGGAUUGCCAACUCUAACGAUACCCCAAGGAUUCAGAACGAGAACCAGAUGAUCAGAGAACAAAUUAAAGUACUCCUUGAUGAAGCCAAGGAUAGGAAUCAUGACAUUAAUCGUCUUAAAAAGUUAAUAAAUAUGUACGAGCUUCAAAAAGAAGAUUUUGAGCAUAAACUUACUCUCAUGAGGAACAAGGAAAUCAGACUUGAAGCAGAAAUAGAACAAAUUUCGGAAAGAUAUAAAAUAGAAGAGUCUAAAAAUAGGCAGCUUAAGAUGGAAUAUGAUGAACUGAAAUUUCAAAUCCAAAGGCAAAUGAUAUUCAAAGACAUAAAGUGCUCUAGCUACAAGCCUCAAUGAGAUCUAUACACCAUCUCUGAAGACUUCCAGCAUCGGGACACCUACAAGCCGCCUAGUUACAAAACCUUAAUCCCUGAAAAUCCUGCUGCAACUACAUUUCACACCCCAUAUCCAAGUGGAGCUCAUAAUCCUGCUAGAAAAACAGAGCAGAGUUCUUUCAGCGAUACGUUAUACAGGAAAAAUGACUUAAACUCAAAUAUUCAGAAUUUUCAAAGGAAAAAUAUGAAAUCAUCUGUUGGAGAUCUCUUGAGAUGGGAAGAUCCUAAGGAUAGUCACCAACACCCUUCAAGUAUUCCAAACCCCAUACAUUCCAAAGCUAGAAGUAUCAGCUCACCCCCAGUCAGAAACCGGAUAAAAGCCGAACCCGAAGCAUACUAAUUAAAAAUUUCCAACUCUCAAUCAA